UCAAAAUAAACUUUGGCUAAUGGCAAUUGACGUCUGAUGAACUUCUAGGGAAUGAAAGAUAAGCACAUCGUCUUCUUCAUCCAUCGUUAAUAGCGUUGUCGUUGGGGUUUAGGGUUUCCAGAUUUCAGAUUUCCGAUUUCCGUUCAUUUCUUCACUGCUUCAUACCUUUCUCCUUCAAUAUUCUAUUCAUAAUUCUCUAUUUCCAUUCCUACAAGUUCUGUCAGUAGAUAAUUUGGUGGUUAAAGGCUUAUGGCUUUUGUUGCUCAUCAACAGCAGGGCUUGUUUGUGGCAUUUUCCUCAAGGAAGUUGUUAUGGAGCAAAAGGCUGAAGCUGAAGCAAUGUUUAUCAAAAUGUCACUUGAUUGGAAGAGCUGAUUGGCAUUGCAUACUAAGUGUAGGGCCUCCUCACAUUUGCGGAACCAAGCUCAGACCUUUGAAGAUUUCAAGCUUCAAAGGCAGUGCCAAAGGUGAUGAUUCAGUAACCAGUGCUAAUGGGUCGAAGGUUCCCAACCCCAAAACCUCCUUUAGACUGGAUAAGAGAGGCGAAAUGAAAUCAGAAUCUCCAAAGGCAAACAAUGUUCCACUCUCUUGUGCUUCUGAAGCAAAUGAGAACCUUGCAGUAUCAUCUGGUAUUCAUAAACUUCUCCAAAAAUGGCUUACAAUGUUACAAACACUACCACAAAAUCAAGGGGAGCAGGAAAUCUUGGGAGAACCACCUCCGGAUGUCUUACCAAAUUCUUUACAAGGGACGCAAAAGACCAUAAAAGGUCAGAGUUUGAAGGCAGCAUGGUCGUAUUUUCUAGCCCAGGAUGCAACAAUAAAGGUUCCUUUCUUAAUAUUUGUUCCUUUCUACCUGGCCGUUAAUGUAGUUUAUGGGGCAGAGGUGUCGAAGGAGUUAACUCCUUUAUGGGUUUUGGGGCCACUCAUUGUGGCUCUCUACAUCAUGUUGUGGCGGUGGCUAUGUGCACUCUAUGUCUUCAGCUUCAAGCAGACCAUCAAAGUAAUUAAGAAUUCGCCCUCGUACUUCAUGUUGGCCUACAGCUAUGUCUUUUGUGGCAAGCUCAAAGAAGACAUCCAGGCUCAUAUUUUGCAGCCUAUAUUGAGCAUAGCAAAUACUGAUUAUAAACAGCUGGGUAGAAAAAAGUUGAAAGAAUUGUCAGAAUGGAUAGUAGAGAAGUAUCUUGAUUUUGUGGAAUCAAUAUGGCCCUACUAUUGUCGGACAAUCAGAUUUUUGAAGAGGGCUAAUCUUAUUUAAAGUUAGUGGGUGAGGUGAGGGAAGUUGGUUGUGAUUUCAAGUGAGAGCUGGCCAAUCCCUUUUUAUACCGGGGUCUUGGUGUUUUGAGUUGAGCGAGACUUAGGUUGUGUAUUAGGUUAGGUUGUACCUGUAUCUAUGCUUGAAUUGAGUACGUGGUUAUUUAUUAGAUUGCUUCUGUUAGUAAUUGCUCAUUGGCGGGUUCUUUUUAAACCUUAACACCCCACCAUUGUUUUCUUGUGCGAGUUGUAUAAUGUAGUUUCCUUUCCAAGAUGGAUACUAGAACAAGGAGUCUUAAUUUAAGAAUAGUUUUCACAAUAA